AUGACCCAAACUAAAGACACCUACGAUAGGAAGACGUUUUCACGGCAGGAGUGGAAAGAAUACGUCUUGGAGUCCGCCCUACCCUUUGACAUCGCUGGACUCUCCAGCGAUGUUCACGGCAGCUAUUCGUCACAAUCGAAAAGACCAUGUCCAGAAGCAUCAAUUCCUCAUUUGCUGCUAAACUACUUUGUGGUGAUGAGUUACGAAGAGGCCAGUAUUCGCAUGGCCAGGGAACUAGGGUACGUCACCACGAACAAAGAGGCGUUCACGUUCAACCAAAUCUACAAGAUCAGCGAGAGAGCGCAUGUUCGUGAACUGAUCAAAAAGGGCCGCAUUCUUGAGGCAAUAGAAGAGAUAUAUACGAAAUUUGGAGUUCAGGUCCUGGAACCACCCAAUACGGGGAUUCCGACGGCUGCGGGCUCCACGAGGGCCGGGAAUGGUGACGAUUUGCAUUUCAAGCUUUUACUGUUGAAUCUGAUAGAGAUGAUACGCAAACACCAUCAAAGCGGAGCCUCUCCGGAAGAAUCUAGCGAUUUUAUUCUGGAGCUGAUCGAAUACUCCCAAGAAAGGCUGGCCCUCAAGGCGGAUUCGAAUAAGCAAUAUAUGAAGGAACUGGAGCUUGUAAUGACCCUACUUUUGUUCCCUAUGGAGAAAACUUCGGCACCGGACUCUAAAAUGCCGUUGCCCAAAAGUCUGCGGAACCUUUAUUCUCUUUCUCUGCGUACUAAGAUCGCUGACCUGGUGAAUAGAAAGCUUUUACAAUCGAUGCAUGGCCAAAUAUCCUCAGCCACGAGUAACGGGGAAUUCCCGGACUUAAUUGGUUCUGACCCAUUUCCUCAAGCUCUGCACAGCUACACUGGUAUUUUUCAGUCUAGCAAUAGUGAGGAAGCAGGGUUUGAAUAUGCUGCCAGCAAAAACGCGGAGUCUCAGCAAAGAUCCAGAAGCUCAACGGUGGGAAAACCGUGGAAAGAAAAUGCUUGGAAAGCCACAAAUGAACUGCUAAAACAGCAAGAUCAGGAUAUGCGUUGCGAGAGCGAGAACAACGGCGCAUCCUCUGAGUGCUGCAAGCAACUUGAAUAUGAGGCGAAGCUCAACCAAGUGAUAAAACUUUGGGCCUGGUGCGAAAACCAGCUGCACAAUUGUGGGGUCGGAGUGCCACGUGUAGAAGGAGGGGCCUAA